CAAGAUUUGUUUGUAUCUAAUUUCGACACUUCUUUCAUCGUGAAUUUCUCUCAAUAUAUGUGCUCAUUUUGAUCGUAAACCAUGUAACUGUAAAAGAAAUGUCAGUAACUCAUUCCACUUCUAUUAUUUAAUCAUAAGAUUAGAUCUUCCUUAUCUGUAAAGGAGAUUAGAUUUAAGUGUAUAAAUACACACAAGUUCAUGAGCAUUAGAGACAUAGUUUUACUUUGCAAAACAAAUCUCUCUCUAUUUUGAAUCGAUCUCUCGUCCAUGCAUGGCGGCCACUUCGCAAACCCCAAUUCAACGUCACAGUUUCAGCACUCCUCAGAACGAAUCAAACGGCACUGAAUCCUUUGAUCAACAAGGCAAGGAAGAGUCACCUCCAAAUCUCUCUUCGGACAUGGACAACAGCAAUGAACUACGUCAUGAUGAAGAUCAGAAGUCCAUGACUAACCGUAGGUACAUGCCCUUGUUGGUUGUUAAUUAUCUUAUGCUGUUUGCGGGUUCUCUCUCAUCGAGUUUACUCUCCAAAUUCUAUUUCAUACACAAGGGCUCAAGCAAGUGGGUCUCCACUUGGGUUCAGUGUGCUGGUUUUCCUCUUUUGCUCAUCCCAAUUCUCCUACCAUGUUUCCUAAGUGCCUCUCAGAGGAAGCCCUUCACUGAUUUCACACCAAAAACGUUCUUGUAUUCAAUUUUUGUUGGUCUCAUGUUAGGGUUAAAUAAUCUUUUGAUCUCAUGGGGGGUAGCAUAUCUCCCAGUUUCAACCUCGGCACUUCUCUUAUCCUCUCAGCUAGUUUUCACUCUUGUUCUCUCUGCCAUCAUUGUGAAGCAAAAAAUAAACUUUUCAAAUCUCAAUUGUGUGAUCCUCAUAACCCUAAGCUCCAUCAUCCUAGGCUUGGAUUCCAGCAACCAGAGGCCACAAGGGCUCACUCGAAGAAACUACUUCAUUGGUUUCUUCUGCACCGUUGGUGCAGGCUUGUUGUUUUCCUUGUAUCUCCCAGUGAUGGAGAAGAUUUAUAGGAACGUGCGUUCCUACCAAUUGGUGAUGGAGAUUCAGUUGAUCAUGGAGAUUGCAGCAACAGUGUUGGCUACCACAGGCAUGGCUUGGGAUGGAGGGUUUUCUGAAAUGAAGGAAGAGGCUGAGAGGGUUUUUGACAUGGGGCCCACAGUUUAUUGGGUGACUAUUGUUGCAACUGUGGUGACUUGGCAGUGUUGCUUCAUGGGAACUGCAGGGAUGGUGUUUCUGACAUCUUCACUAACCGGAGGGAUUUGCAGCACAGCAUUGUUGUCCAUGAAUGUGUUGGGAGGGGUUGUGGUUUAUCGAGAUUCCUUUGGAGGUUACAAGGCAGUGUCAACUGUUUUGUGCAUUUGGGGAUUCUGCUCUUAUGUCUUUGGCAUGUACAUGAAAACCAAGCUAGGAAAUGCUCAAAGGAGGAACAACAACAGUAGUGGACCUUUCUCAGAGUUUAUCCCUUUCGGAAGUCGUGAUGAGAAUUGUUAAACUAUAGAGCUUGUAAUAGAUUGUUGGGGCUAUGCUACCUCAACAAUUUUCCUUAGGUGUGGCUUAAGACUCCCUACAGACUAUCAUCUGGUUUAUUAGGAGUUUAAUUAGGUCUUUAUUUCUCAUUACAAUUGAAGUUUUAUCU